GUCGGAACGUUACGCACAUAAUAUUAAAAUGUUAUGUUUAAAAAUAAAAUUACUCUUUAUAUUUUUCUUUUUCACCGGAAUUUUAUCCAAGGAAACAAAGAGGAAUCCGGUAGUGAUAGUCAUAGGUGAUGGAGGAAGUCAGUUACAACUCAAGUUGGAUAAACCAAAAACUGUGCACAUUUGGUGUGAUAAGACUUCUGACUGGUUUACAAGUUGGGUGUCGAUUGAAGAGUUGUUGCCAAAAGUUAUUGACUGCUUCUCAGAUAACAUGAGAUUAGUGUUUAAUGUAUCCACUGGAAAAUACUCCAAUUCUCCAGGAGUGCAAAGUUUUAUUCCAUAUUUUGGAAAUACCACUGGAAUUGAAUAUCUCGAUCCUUCAACUGAACAUGUUGGUGAAUACUUUGCAUCAUUUGUCCAAGGUUUGGUUGACACUGGUUAUGUCCGAGGAAAAAGUAUCAGAGCAGCUCCUUAUGACUUUAGAAAUGCUCCUGAUUCAAGUGGGGAAUAUUUUACAAAACUAAAAUCACUUAUUGAAGAUACAUUUAAGAUUAAUGAGAACAUGCCUGUUGUGCUAGUUUGCCACAGUCUUGGCUGUCCCUAUUCCAAUAUGUUUCUGCAAAAACAGACACAGGAUUGGAAAGACAAGUAUGUGAGAACAUGGCUGACAAUCUCCGCUCCUUGGGGCGGCUCAAUUAAGACAGUGGGCCUGUAUGCAUCAGGCUACACCCUAGGAAUUCCACAUAUUCUUGUUGACCCUUUAAAACUUCGGAGUUUUCAAAGAUCUAUCAAGAGCAGCGUUUAUCUUUUGCCAAGUAAAGAAUUUUGGACGUCAGAACAUGUGUUUGUGAAGACAGCAGUCAGAAAUUACACAAUUAAAGAUUACGACGCUUUCUUUAAAGAUAUCGACUAUCCCAUCGCAAUAGAAAUGAAAAAAGCAGUCCCUCCGAUAUUCAAUUCUUCAGCGCCCAACGUACCAGUGUUGUGUCUGCAUGGUUCAGGUGUGGAUACACCCGUGACAUACUCGUACAAAUCUGGGACCUUUCCAGACGGGCCCCCAGAUAUUUCAAUGGGUGACGGGGAUGGGACUGUACCCGCAGUCAGUCUCAAGGGCUGCACUCGGUGGAAACAAGAUAAACCGAUAGUUAUAAAAGAUUUUGACGCAUGUGAACACAAUGGAAUACUUCGAGAUAAAACUUUUAUUGAUUUUAUUAAGGAUUUUCUUUACAACAGUACAUUUUAGGAGGCGUUAAAGUCAUUGGCUGGUCUAGAUUUUAGGUUUUUGCGUGAUGCCACAUCAAGUCAGAUUACAUCAUUUUUCUUUCGUAAUUUCUUGAUUAUCAUCAAGCUACAUCUAAAAUCAGGCUGAGAUGCUAAAUUAAUGCUUUUUUAAAGGUUUGGCACAUUGCUAUAUAUAUUAUAACUUCAGUAGACUAUAGAAGCAUGGCAGAAGAUAUUGAAUACGAUUAGAGGGAUUUUCUUUUUUAUAUAAAUUUCUUAGAUAGCUAGUGAUAAUUGGUAUUAGUGACAACUAAAAAGUAAGGGAAUUUCACAAAUUUCUUGUAACUUUUCAAAUUUUUCAGUUUUCAAAUAAAAUCCGCGCUGAAACA